AUGAGUUUCACGAAGGAUACGAAGUUGCCGAGUUACGAAGAUCUGGAAUGUCCGGUUGUGAAUGUGUCAUCACCAGCAUUACGAGCCGGAAGCUUUCAUUUGGCCAAGUAUUGUGAUCUACAAUUUAAGGAGUUCAUGCUAUGCCGACAAGAGGAACAAGAUCCACGAAAAUGUGUCAAAGAAGGCAAGGAUGUCUCAUUAUGUGCUAUUGAUUUCUUUCGUAAAGUACGUGAUACAUGUAACGAUACGUUUACCACUUUCUGGACCUGUCUUGACAAUGCUUCUGAAGGUGAAAUGGGAUUCCAUUAUUGUAAAAAAGAACAGCAUGCAUUUGAACAAUGCGCAAAAGAUAAAAUGAAUUUAGAACGACCAGAGCCAGGUUACUUUUCAAUGGUGCGCAUGCAUGAUACAAAACGACCAGUUCCAUCGGAUCCCUUUCGAGCUGGUUCAUUGGAACGACAUCCACCCAAACUUGAAGUACCAAAUCCACCAACACUCUCCCAAGCCAAUGAAUAUCCAGAAGCAAGAAUUGGAAUGAAAUUUGGAUCGCGUAAACCUUGGGUGUUCGAAGCUAAAUUAUGGGAUUGA